AUGAAUAAUGAGCCCUUUAAGUUCAAUGUGAACGCCCCAUCAUACUACCCAGGAAUGACACACCAAGGGAAUGAACACGAAAAUGAACAUGACAAUGAACAUGACAAUGAACAUGACAAUGAACACGAAAAUGAACACGAAAACGAACAUGAAAAUGAACAUGAAAAUGAACAUGAAAAUUAUGGGGAAAAUGUAUCUUCAUCCAUGGGGACAGAGAAUGUGGAAAAUCCAACGGUUAAUGAUAUACAAGAUCAAAUCAGUAAAAUGGUUAUAAAUGAUCAAGAACGAAUUGAUGAAUAUGCAGAUGAUAUCCAAAGUGAAGAAAAUAAAACAAAAGAAAAUGAAGAGACGCAAGAAGAGCAGGUGUUAGAGAAAAAAAAUAAUUUGACACAGGUUGAUCCAAGGCAUCACUUAAAUAUUAUUUUUAUUGGACAUGUAGAUGCAGGAAAAUCAACUGCAUGUGGAAAUAUUCUCUACAUACUUGGUUAUGUGGAUGAUAGAACGAUUGAAAAAUAUGAAAGAGAGGCAAAGGAAAAAAACAGGGAAAGUUGGUUUUUAGCAUUUAUUAUGGAUAUUAAUGAAGAGGAGAGACAAAAAGGAAAAACAGUGGAAGUUGGAAGAGCACACUUUGAAACAAAGGAUAGACGAUUUACAAUUCUUGAUGCACCUGGCCACAAAAAUUUCAUUCCAAAUAUGAUUAGUGGUGCUGCUCAGGCAGAUGUUGGUGUCCUAAUCAUAUCUGCCCGAAAAGGAGAAUUUGAAACGGGUUUCGAGAGGGGUGGACAAACCAGAGAACAUACCUUGCUUGCUAGAACUUUAGGAAUCAACCAACUCAUCGUGGCAAUAAACAAAAUGGAUGACCCAACAUGCAACUGGAGCGAAGGAAGGUAUGAUGAAAUUCAGAAAAAGAUUACGCCAUUUAUAAAAUCAUGUGGAUACAACUUGAGUAAAGAUGUGUACUUUGUUCCCAUUUCUGGUCUGACCGGUCAGAAUUUAUCUGAACAUGUAUCAGACAAAAAUUCGAAAAUAUAUGACUCAAGAGCAAGUUGGUAUGACACAUCAAAACCAACUUUAUUUCAAAUUUUGAAUACCUUGCCUCCACCCCCAUGGGAUGAAAAUGGUCCUUUACGAAUUCCACUUCUAGAAGGAUAUAAAGAUAACGGAAUCAUAGCAGUUGGAAAAAUAGAAUCAGGAACAUUGUAUGGAAAUAAUAUGAGUUGUAUAUUAAUGCCAAAUAAAGUGAAAGUAAAAGUGAUGAAUGUUUAUUUAGAGGAAGAUGAAGUACCUUAUGCAAAACCAGGAGAAAAUGUUAGAGUCAAAUUAUUAGGAGUAGAAGAGGAUCAAAUAAGUAAAGGUUUUGUUUUAUGUGAUUCGAUUAACUUAUGUUCGGUAGUUAGUGAAUUUAUUGGCAGAGUAGCAAUUGUGGAAUUGCUUGAACACAAGCCAAUUAUAACAGCAGGAUAUUUCUGUAUUUUCCAUGCACAUACAACAUGUGAGGAAAUACAAUUUGUUGAUAUGUUAGAAGUUAUUGAUAAAAAAUCAAAAAAAAAAAAAAUCAAACCCAAGUUUAUUAAAAAUGAUUGUAUUGUGACAGCUCACUUUUUACUCUCCAACCCGGUAUGCAUAGAGGUUUAUGACAAACUACCACAGCUUGGCAGGUUCACUCUGAGGGACCAAGGGAAGACCAUAGCCAUAGGAAAAAUACUUGAGUUGAAGGCAUAA